AUGGUAUUGUCGUACGACCCUCCAUUUCAAAGGGAAAUUUGGCUGGAAGAAAUUCGUGAUGUGGCCUCAUCGGAAACCGAAGGAUUGUGCGAAGACGGCCUCGGCUCACCGUCCUGCGACCCCGAUGUAACGGUGCUAAGCUUUCGUCUGUACCACCCUGACGGACAUCAUCGAAGCAAGAAUCCAUUCGUUAUGAAAUCGAGCAAAAAUAGACUAAACCAGGAGACAAGGUGGCCUGCUGCGAUACUAUUCGCGUUUUUCUACGCCCAACGUCGCGUUCUUAAUGAGGCAUCCCAUGAAUUGGUUGGCUACUACAACCUUACUCUACAUACUUGCAGAUGA